UAAAGCUGAUCCUUUAUCGUAUGCUUCACGUGCAUAUAGAGAUUAUUUAAUCGGACAUUGUUUACGUAUUUUAACCGGUACUGUUGGAGAUGCUCAUUUAUCUUCAAUAUUAGAAUAUGGACAAACUAUUAUGGCUUCUGCUGGAAUAGAUGCUGGAUUUUUAUGUACUGACAAAGUUACAGUUACACAUUGCGAAGAUGAAAUUGGAUUAUGGUGGGGAGCAGUUAUAUAUGUAGCAGCAUGUUGGAGAUUAAAAGAAGACGAUUCACAAGCAUGGAGCAUUGUUGAAAGCAAAUUUCCUUAUGAAAAAUGUUAUCAACUUUGCAAUAAUAAUAAUAGUAUUAGUCCACUACCAUAUAUUGUUUUAAAUGCUUUGCAAGCAGCAAAAGCGACUACUAAAUCAGUCUCUAUGCGUUUUAUUGAUCAGGCAGGAAUAUUGCUUGAACAAUGUUUGGUUUAUUAUAAUUGCAAGCAACAGUCAUCCCAAAACGUUUUGGUAAGAUAUUUAAAUAUUAUGUUUAUAAUAUAUUAAUA